AUGACCGCACACAGACACGCACGCACGUAUGCAACCGAAAAGGGCCACAGUUCACUCCUUCAACCGCAGCACUUCAAGCGGUCUCUUUACGGUCCACCAAACAUGCGGUUCUGCCUUGUCACGAUUACCGUCAUUAUCACAACGGGAUUGAAACUCAUCGAACCGGUGGUAGCUGAUAACUGCUAUGGGAAUUGGAUUUCAAACGACAAACCAAUCGCCGCAAGUAUCAAAUUGACAUUUGAUAAAAGAGAAUCCAGUAUUGGUAGAAGAGGGACAUUCUUCAAGUGGAGGGAGGGACGUCUAAGCAACCACAAGCUAGUCCAGUUUUCGGGAGCGGUCGGUACAAUUGAGAAUGAAGAGCUCAAACUAACAAAGAUCCCUUCAGCACCGAUCACUUUGGUCGCUGGCAAAGAAUCAUACAAAGGAAAUGCGACCAUGCAGGUCAAUGUCGAUCCAAGGAAGAUUGCAACAAAUGGAAGCCAGUCUGUUGACUUGCGUGUGCGCUCAGAUUCGCCGUCACGCAAACAGCUAAUCUCAACAACAUCUCAUUUCAGGACACAUCGAAUGCAGGAAACUGUGCCUGCUUACCAAAGCAGCUUCUGUUUAGACAAUCUGCGAGCUGGAACAACAUACCACGUGUGCGUGGCACCAGACGAUUGCCUGAAUGAGUGGAACUGCGAGGCGUGGACAACACCUGAGGUGGCUCAACAGGCGCCUCUCUACAAGCUGCAACUUAACGUGGAAUGGCGAGCUGCUAAUUGGGUUCAGCUAAGUUGGCCACCGCCCGAUAUCAGGGGACCUGCAACUCCGCCCAUCGGCUACAUUGUCACUGCCAAAAGCAGCCGAAAUUGCUGGGAAAAAGAAAUCACCCUAACAGCGCCCUGGAGUACAAAAACUGAGAACGACCUUGUGAAGAACACGGCUGGUCAUCUGAGAUCCCUUCAUGCCUGCUCCUACUGGAUCCCUUCAAUUGAAGAAGGCAAACUGGAUGGGUAUUGGCCAGACUUUCCAGGUUCACGCAAGGAGACAUGGGCAUCCGGCUGGAACACUGCUUCAGUGGACGAACAAGGCCCAGUCGGAAUAUUCGCCGUUACCGUUAGCAACCUCCGAGCAAACACGCAAUACGUCUUCGAAGUUACACCCGUAUUUAAUCCUCCACUAAAUACACAAGUUCAAAGUACAUCCGUGCAGGCUGCUACAGCAGCGUCAGAUCCCAUUGAUUCUGUUAUUCAAGCCCAAAUGCAACUCAAGAUCACUGCCAUGGCCCUCUCAUCUAACCUGGUCUCUCUCCGCUUCACGAACUUGAGUGCCACAGUCUACAAAAAUGAAAAAUACAUGCAAGUGGCCUUUAUCGUUCGCAUUUGCAAAAACGAUAAUGAGGCUGAGUGCCGUCAGUCGCCUCUCUACCGCGAAGUUGUCGGUUCGUACAGCCUUUAUGAGAACCGAACGUACGCAAGACUGGACAGUCAAGCAAUCCAAGCGCAUCUCAAUGCACGAGUCUCGCCAACUUCCAGUACUACCUUGGUCGCCUUCGUGCAUUACUACGUUGGCGGGGAUACUGAGAUUCUUGUUUCGAAAACAAAGUUUGAGGCACGAAAGUCAAAUUGCCAAAGCUGGUGCAUGUGGCCAGCUGGUGACUGGAGUAACACUAAGGGGACCGCCACACCAGCGUACGACAAAGACUUUUUCAAGACAGGCGAUUUCGGCGAAACCUGUCAAAGCCCGUGUGUUCCGGCGGCCAGAGCCAUCGAUGGGGAGAGCCACUGUCUGUUGCCGAGGGACACACUCGUGCCAUGCAGCGUUCCAGUGUGCAACGCAAUUGGUUUGUAUUUUUGUCAGUCUGACAUGCUCCCAAUGACAGGUGACCGCCCAAUCUUUUCUCGCUAUUCAGCCCCUGUUGGAUGCGUCACAAAUGCCGAGUCAAAACAGGGAACUACGUGGAUCAGUGUAGAGUGGGAAAACCCAAGGGAAGUUACAGCUUCCUUCCCCGACUACCUGAUUUUGGUGGCUCCAGCCUCAAACAAAGCCUCCUGCAAGGCUUUCAUUAAUGACGCUGGCCAGGUAGAAAGGUCUCCCUUUCUCCGAAAUAUUGUGCGCAGUUGUCACGACAAGAGUCUGAAUAAAUCUCACCGUGACAUGAAGAUGCUGAAUAUAACAGGUUUAACACAGGACACUGAGUACAGUAUCUGGAUCAUUCCAAGUCUACCAGAUGGUCGCAUCGGUUCAGUUUACGCAAAGUCCGAAAAAACAACGAAGGCAGGUAAGUGCACUGCCCCGUGUCCAGUGAAUAACGUCAAUUUGACAAGGGACAGAAAUGUUGUGCGUUUCCAAUGGCAAACCAUGAAAAGUGGGAGUUGUGGCCCUCCAGCUAGACUCAUCGUCUUCGCCAAUGAGUCAAGGAAGGACGUUGAAGUUGAUGGUGACACAAAGGAAGCUAGCUUGACAUUAGAUUUCGAGCACUGCAGGAAAUAUUCGCUUAGACUGGAAUUCGAGAAUUCAGUUGGCAUAACCCCAUACUCCGGAGUACUGUCAACAGAGAUCGGAUAUCCAGAUAUUCAAAAUGAAGUGCCAAGCCUAUAUUACACCGAGAAGUCGCACAAGUUGGUCGCCCGCAUCCAGUCGGAAUACCGGCAUUGUGCUUACAACUACGCGCUUCAAUGGGGCGUUUUGCCUCGUUUGGACAGGUGUUGGGAGGGCGCAGAAUACCCCGACGGCAUUUCGAUACCACAGCUCACUGAUGGAUUGGUAUAUAACCUCAAAGUGCGACUUCAGCCCCAUGGAGUGGCUUCGAAAUGCGGAAAUGCCAACUACUCUUCCGCAUGGUCCAGCACUUUGAUUGUUCCCACGGAAGGCGCAAAAAGUGAAGUGAAAAUCCACAAUGUGACAGUCACCGCAUAUCCGCAAGCGAUGGACUCAGUUGACGACGGCGACAGCAGCUGUCUGCUACCCAAUGCCGACGCAAGUACGUACGGAGAAUUUCGAGCAACAGAGUCCAAGCCCUAUUCCAGUGCAGGAAACACCACCAGUUGCAUAAUUGUGAUCUGGAACGUCAGUCCUUCAAGUGCUAGAAGCAUCGUUGGCUAUCUCCUCGAAAUUACGCAAUCCGCCACAGGAUCUUGUCGGUUGAUUUGGAUUCCGUGCGAAGACUGUUUACCAGGGUAUGACUUGACAAAUGCGGUGGAUGAGGUCAAGACUGCGGUAUCGGAACUUGAAUUGCAGUGUCAAGGUCACAGCACCGACAUGCUAAGGCGUGCACAGGGCAUGGACGCAACGCUCUACAAAUCGACCUCCCGUCUUCUGCUGGGGCUUCAGAGCACUGCACAGGACAAUGGAUCAUUCAGUGGAGUAGUGAGGAUACAUGCUGUAAAGCUUGCUUCAAUUCAUCAAAUACUGGAACAAUUUUGGCAAACAGAUUCGCAUGUUAUUCUCUCCAACGCCGGGAUCAAAGCUGGGACGAUAUUCGGUGUUCUAUUUGUAGUGCUGGCCAUCGUGUUAGCAACCCUCCUUAUUGUAAGAAACCGGCGUCGGCGGGUCAUAGUGAAAGACCAGUACAUGAGCAUGGCAGAUGAGGACCAAAUCGAGAAUAACGACGAUUCAACAAACAUUAUCCAGAAACGACUCCCUAUGUUUCUUCCAAAGAUUCCGACUCCAUUAAAGCUAUCAGAGUUUGUGGAAACAGUUAACGCCUUUGCGGAGGAUGGCUACACAGUUUUACGCAAUGAAUUCAAGACUCUGCAAAAGCACGCUGCCGUCCAGCAGGAUGAAAUGUGCCUCACGAUGGAGGUAGGCUCACACCCCGAGAAUCGUCUGAGGAAUCGCUAUCGCAACAUCAUCCCGUUUGAUCAAAACCGCCUGAAACUGUCGAACGCCUGCGCGCUGUCGGAUUUCGGUGUUGAGGACUCAGAAGCGUCCAAAAACGACGAUGUAGCCCUGACCGCGGUGUCGGACUACGUGAACGCCAGCUGCAUUCCCACUCAACCACCGCACCUAGCCAUUGGGCCUGCGCACGGCCGCCAGCCAGACACCUACAUCGCCGCGCAGGCACCCAAAGAAUGCACUGUCGGACUUUUCUGGCAGGCGGUCUGGGACACCAAUGUCCGACUUAUCGUUAUGCUAACCAGGUAA